UUUCAUAUCAUUAACGCCACGGCAACAAAAAUGACAGUAUUAGAUACCCAGCCAGAUCUACAGGCUGGGAUAGAUUACUGGGCAAAACAACCAGCCAGUCUGGAUGGCGUGUUAGGGGGAUUUGGCUCUGGGCCACUCCCGAGGAUAGAUGCGCUGGGAUCGCGACAGUUCAUGCUCGGGAUCCUUCCAGAGUUAUGUACAGUCCCCUCCACUUUGCGUCCUCCCCGCGUGGAACCAGAGCCCAAACGACGGUACCGCGCCCUUGACGUCGGGGCUGGAAUAGGCCGAGUGACCGUCGACGUCCUACUCCGUCUUGUUUCGGACGUAUUGCUUCUCGAACCAGUCGAAUCGUUUAUAAAGGAGGCUCUGGAACAGUGUAAGAAUAGCAAGUUGCUCGGAACGUCGCACAACGAUAGCGGAUACGCAGUUGGGUGGCCAGGCAUCGCCGAGGAAAGCAAAAGCGUGACGUUUGUCAAGGCUCCGCUCCAGAACUUCGACCCAGCACGACCGAAGAAUAAUACCGAGAUACUGGGACGCGUUGGAUUCACUCCGAUAGAGGACGACACAGACUCAGGAUUUGACAUCAUAUGGUGUCAGUGGUGCCUCGGUCAUUUAAACGACUCAGACCUCGUCAAUUUUCUGCGGAUGAGCAAAAACGCGUUGAGAGACUCGCGGAGUCUGAUCGUCAUCAAGGAAAAUUUGUGCGCAGAGCGGGGGGGUGGUCCAAGAGCCGUGUUCGACGAAGAGGACUCCAGUUUGACUAGAUCAGACUUGGUAUUCAAGAGAAUAUUCAAGGAGGCGGGAUUAAAGGUGUUCCGAGAGAAAAUCCAACGGGGCUUUCCGCAAGGGUUAUACACCGUAAAGACAUAUGCCUUGCGGGCUUCGUGAGAUCUUGCUUACGAGUACCUACUAAGUACAGCGAGGGAAAUUGACAUUUUCAGUUAGUUUGGCACAUCGUUUCCUUUACGGAGUGUUUCAGGGGGAUCAAAACUCGGAACUGUUCCUCUGCUUCUGCAGGUUACAAGUGUCAAUCCGACAUGGUAAACCCACCACUGCGGCGCAAGUUUACAACUUGUCAAUGCCA